AUGCGCAUUUUGACGUCCUAUGCGCGCCUCGUGUCAUGUAUCGGCAGCACACGUGGGUGUAAGUUCAAUGUUUCAUCUGCACUGAAAGAAUAUCGGACGUCAACUGGCAAAUGGCAUGCGAGCUCCAGAAAGACAACAACUGGUGCUGUUCAUGUUCUGGAAAAAAGCACCAUAGAUGAUCACGACACCGCUCUUGAGGUAAUCAUUUUAGGUUUUUUUUUUUUCAUUGUAAAACAUUGUAUUCAUAGCUCAGACACUUUCUUUUGCUCUUUUAUUUUUUGUGCAGUGCUCGCAUCAGACUGUGGCAUAGUUGGAUAG